ACAAGCACAACAUUGUUGUAUGUGCUUGUGGUUCUUGUGUUGUUAUUGUGCGACUAAGAGGUUGCUUACUACCGAGUAUACAAAUAUUGUUGACGUAGUUAUUAUACUUUUUUUGUUGUUAUUAUUGUUCAUACUGUGGUUUUUGUUGUUGACUGUGAGAUGUUUGAUUUAAGAUAGUUUCCAAUUAUCUACGUAUUUAUAUACUCGCCCAUCUCCAUCGGCUAGAGAUAUUGGAAUCUGCUUUGUGUACUGUUAUUUAUAAAGUGUGCGCUGCUGGUGUGCCGAUAUUGCUCCGGGUUUCCAAUAACAAGCUCAAGUUUAUAUUAUUUUCGCAUUGCUUUUGACAUUGAAAAAAUAUGCACGCUUGAAGUUCAAAGUUUUGAAGUCCAAGUAAGGUGACUUCAUGGCGAAUAAUCGUGAAUGCAAUUAAAUGAGUGGCAGAAAGAAAAUAAAAUCGAACUGAAGUGUACUGUUCGUACUGUUUGGAUAACGCAUUAAUUAUAAUAAUUAUAGCGUACAUAAAUCAUAAUCCAACGUGAAACAAUUUUAGAAACGAGGCACACAAAAAAAUUUGCGGAGCUGCCACUGUAGGCCGUAUAGUAGGUGCACUUACAGCCAUUAGCCAUGCCUGGAACGGCAAUCCAGAUAAUAAACACAUCGGAGGAGCACACUUUUGUGCUCAACGAAGAUGCAUUGAGCGAAGUGUUAAUGCGCGACGAGGUCAAAGAUCGCUUCGUAUGCGUCGUAUCAGUUGCUGGGGCGUUUCGUAAAGGCAAAAGUUUUUUGCUUGACUUUUUUCUGCGCUACCUAUACUCCAAGUAUGUGCGUCAUGAUGUGGUAACCGAUUGGAUUGGUGAUGAGAACGAACCGCUGACCGGCUUUUCGUGGCGCGGCGGUUCUGAACGUGAUACCACUGGUAUCCUAAUGUGGUCCGAAAUAUUCCUGCACGAUUACCCGAACGGCGAUAAGGUGGCCAUCAUUUUACUCGACACACAGGGUGCAUUCGACAGCCAGAGCACAGUGCGCGAUUGUGCUACCGUUUUUGCGCUCAGCACAAUGGUUUCAUCCGUGCAGAUAUAUAAUUUGUCACAAAACAUACAGGAAGACGAUCUGCAGCAUUUGCAAUUGUUCACAGAAUAUGGUCGCUUAGCAUUGGCCGAUACAGGCAAGAAGCCGUUUCAACGCUUACAGUUUCUGGUGCGCGAUUGGAGUUUUCCAUACGAGGCCGAGUAUGGCGCUCUGGGUGGCGAUAAGAUACUUAAGCGCCGCCUAGAAGUGUCAGACAAACAGCACCCGGAACUGCAGUCGUUGCGACGACACAUUGCAGCCUGUUUCAUGGAAGUGGCAUGUUUCUUGAUGCCACAUCCAGGCUUAAGUGUAGCGACCAACCCUAAAUUCGACGGGCGUCUCAAGGAUAUCACACCCGAGUUCAAACAGAGUCUACGCACAUUUGUACCGAUGCUUCUGUCGCCGGACAAUUUGGUAUAUAAGGAAAUCAGUGGCCAACGGGUGCGUGCACGCGACCUCAUACAGUACUUCCAGUCAUACAUGAGCAUCUACAAGGGCAAUGAAUUGCCUGAGCCGAAGAGUAUGCUUGUCGCCACCGCCGAAGCUAAUCAUUUGACAGCCGUUGCAUCAGCGAAGGAGCUUUACAAUCAGCUAAUGGAGGAGGUUUGUGGCGGAACCAAACCGUACUUAAGCACGGCACAUUUAGAGGCCGAACACUUCCGCAUCAAAGAUCAGGCAUUAUUCCAAUUUGCAUCGAAACGAAAAAUGGGCGGCGAGGAAUUCUCUGAAAAGUUCCGGCAACAAUUGGAUGUGGAUCUGGAAGACUCCUACGUCACUUACAAAGCGCACAAUGAGAGCAAAAAUAUUUUCAAGGCUGCACGCACGCCGGCCGUAUAUUUUGCCUCUGCAGUUAUUUGUUACGUACUAAGCGGAAUAUUUGGCCUCGUCGGCCUCUACACAUUUGCCAACUUCUGUAAUUUAGUAAUGGGUGUUGCCCUAUUAACAUUGGCGCUGUGGGCGUAUAUUAGGUACAGCGGGGAAAUGGGUGAUUUCGGUGUAAAAUUGGAUGAGUUUGCGACGUUUAUGUGGGAAAACUUUAUGAAGCCCAUAUAUCAGGGUUGCAUGGAGAAGGGCAUACAACAUGUGGCAACGCAUGCUGCCGAAGCGGCGGUCGGUGGACGCACAGCAUCGUCGGCAAUGAAUGGCAAAGUGAAGAAGUCAUGAGAAUACGCCCAACGAUCUCUUCAGCAACAGCAACAACAGCAACAGCUACAACAAAAAAAUCAACCAAAUUCUAAAGGGAAAAUAGCAGCAACGAAAACCAACAACAAUAACAAUGUGGCUCAACAGAAAAUUACAAGAGCGGCAGCAACAGCAACAGCGUCAUACAGUGGUGGCGAUAUUGGCAACACAGCCGGCAAAACGAUGAUCAUGCAAAUAUGGUCCCGUAUAAUAGGUGCGUCUUCGAGCGCGCAAAUGAAUUCUGCUCAAACGGCCAAUGCAACAGCACGCCAAUACGCCACCGUCACAACCCCAAAUGGUGAGGCCAACAUCAGCAGCGGCAGCGGUAGUAAUACAACAAACACAAGUAAUGCGGCUAGCAAUCGCAAAAAGCGAAGAGCCAAAAAGUGAACGCAUUGUAUAUAAAAAAAAAUAAAUGAAAAACAAAA